AUGGCUGCCACCCGUCGCCGAAAAUUGAUCGGCCACAGGCGGCGGGUUGACGAUGAAGGGGAGGACGAAGGUGGUCUCGACCAGCUCGACCUCGAGGAUGACUCAAUGUCUGAGGGGUCCUUUGCCAGCGAUGACAUCGACAACGAGCACGACGCCGACAGUGACACCAGCAACAUCGAUGAAACGUCGCCAGUUGCGCCCAACGUGAAGAAAUCAAAGGCAGCUAGGAAUGGUGUCGCGAAGGCUCCUACCGCCAAAGAUCCCGUUCCUCAAGCUCAACCUGAUGGCAAGCCUGCCUCAGACACGCACUUGAUGAUGCAUGGCCUGUCUCUCGAAGGCAAGCACACAGCAGGUGAAGGGGAGCAUUUCGACGAUGCGAUCGAUGUCCUUCCGAAACCCACAUCCAACGGGCCCCUUGUCGUGACUUCCGAUUCGGCCGCGAAACAACCAGCAGAGCCUGUAGGCGACCGUCGCCGGCGGGAGCAUGAAGAGUACAAGCGAAGGCGGGACGAAGACCCUGCCUUCGUACCAAACAGAGGGGCUUUCUUCAUGCACGAUCACCGGCACGCUGGUCCAGCCGCGAACGGCUUUCGUCCCUUCGGCCGGGGCCGUGGCCGAGGUCGUGGUGGCUUCGGAGGCCCCUUUGCCCCAGUGCACCAACUCCAACCACCCUCCGACCCUCUGACAAGCGGACAAUGGGCUCACGACAUGCACGAAGACGUCGUCAACCCCCAGCCCUCGAGGCCGGUCCGUCAUGCACCCCCCGACGAGGAGGGUCCUCCGAAUGGCAACGGCAUUAUUCCGACCUGUUCCCCGAACCCGACACCGAUCAACAGAACCAUGUCUACCGAGAAGCACGUUGGGAACGUGCAGGUCAGAGUUUCAAUCACACCCGGUAAACCCCCUUCAGCCUUCGCCAUGCCGGUCCGACAAUACACCAAGUUACCCGACCACAGACCACCCCUACGCCGCGAUAAGCCAGUUCGAAUCUCGCUUCCCGACAACGCGCCAAAGUACAUCUUUCCCGCCGUCGACAGGUCAUUCAUCUUCAUACCGAGAGCGAUGCGCCCCAACCAGCAGCGGACCCGCGGCAAGCCUCGCUCAGGCCUUGGAUCUAUGGGUGGCUUCUCUCGACGCACCAGCGUCUUCGGUGGCAGCUUCUAUGGCAGUGCUUAUUCACCCAGCAUUGCCCUUAGUCGCCGGUCGUCGUUGGCCCCCGACGGUCGCGACUAUAUGUUCUCUCCCACCGGGUCUGUGGUCUCGCGUCCACCCAUGCCACUCGACAAUCCACGCCCCGUCGUCCGGCUUCCGCCUGCAGUUCAGCAACCGCAGAUCAGUGUCGACGGCAUGGUGCCUAUCGAUCACUUCGUCGGUGUACAAGAUGCCUCGCUGAACGGCAUGCCGCAGCCCCAUACACACCCUCUUCCCCAGAAGCCCAUUUUCCAGGAAAACCGACAGCAAUCAAUCCCCAUGCACCAGCCUCGCCCGCAGAAGACUGUGUCCGUCGCUGGCAUCGAGUCGCCGACCCUGGACCAGCAGCCCUUCCACCAGGCAUUCCACCAGCAAGUGCCACCACAAGUUUCAAACGGCCUGGGCCCGGAUGGACACUCUCGCCAGCCAUCCUACCCGUCUCACCUCUCAACCGGUACUCCUUUGUCUCACAUACCCGAACGCGCAAUUCACGCUGCGCCGUUCCAGCCUACUCAUUAUGGCCAGCAGAACUACUAUGGCCAUCAACAGUCGUACGGAAUGAUGCCCCAACAGCCUGGAUACUAUCAACCACCUGCAUACAAUGGCGGCGUUAUGCCAUCGCCUGCUUCGGCAGUCCCGUUCAUUCCGGCCUCGCAGCAAGCCCAGAGUCAGAAUUACCCUCAGCAGUCCCAGUACGAACAGCAUGGGCCGGGUGGCAACCCGGGCAUGGUAGCGCAAGAGGUCAACGGCAUGGUCUAUUACUACGAUGCCUCUCAGAUGCCGCCGUCGAACAACUACCAGGGAUACCAGGGUCCUCCAGUCUAUGGCUCGGGUGUUCCGGGGAUGGCAGGAAUGGUUACCCCGAGCCCAGACGGCUUCUUCUAUCCCCAGCAAGCACCUGGCAUGGUAUACUAUCCCCAGUAGAGUGGCGGACAGGUUUCACCAUGUCCCUACUCUUUCUUCUCGUCAACAGCCCGCGACGAGCUGCUUUCAUUUCUAUCAUCGAAGCCUUUCACGACUACUUGAACGUCUUUCCUUUGGAUGUAGGGUCGGGAUGAGCGCUGUAGGCCUAAAAUUAAAACGGAUCGAGACGAAGGCGCCGUCGAGGAAUGCUGUUAUUUUAUCCCGGGAUCCACCACGGCUAUUGGCUUUUCGAGCGAACUCGGAGGGUUAGAUGAUGGAAGGGUUUUGUCGGAUCUGAGGUGUUUGACGGGUGAGGGAAGGUUCGGACUUUGACGAACAGCAGCGGAGGACUACAUGAUUAUCCUUGCUUUCCUCAUUCCGUACCAAGACAUCACUGUUCACGAACCAUUCUCCUUGCUGUUUCAUGAUGGAUUUCGGAGUCCCUGUACGCUUCGACUGGGCUGUUGUUCUGCUUCCAUCGCCUGGUCCACUAUUCGGGAGCAACAUGUGAAGGGCGUUUUUGGGGACGGUGGUGUCUCUUGGCUUGUGAUUUUGUACCUGCCGAUUAUUCAGCGUUUAGGGCUUUAUAGGUAUAGUUGAUUAUCCACUGAAGCAGGCGUAUGGUUUGAGACUGUUCGCACAGGUGUUGGCCAGUGCAUUUCGCCAUUGAAUCUGUAUGAAGAGAAGGCUCAGUUACAACUGAACUGCAGGCACUGUAUCGAAUAUUUGGCGGGCUGUUGGAGAUUCGAUGAAAAAAAAACAAUGACU